AUGUUUUGUAUACGGUUAGCCAGUCUGACUUUAUUUUAAAUGGAAGCUAAACUGAAUUUAUUUUUAAAUUGUGAGAUAACGCAUGGAAAUACCCGACAAAAUUAUGGAUGACACAUUUUGCCUGCUACCGGAUAUCUAUGGUUUAUAAACCUUACCCUGCAUUAAAAUUCAAACAGUCAAGUUAAAUCAACCUAACCGCAAAACCACAUUUUUUGCUCGAAUACAUCUUGUGGUUUCAAAGUAUUUUUUCUUGCAACGAAAAUAUGGAAUUACAGGUUGUAUUAGUCUAUACCAUUUGGAUUGCUUUUGUACUGCACUUUGCAUCAAAGACACAUGCACAGGUACCUGAUGCAUCUGAAGGAUGUAAAGAAUCAAUUGAAACUGCAGUUCUUGUAGAAUUUUGUCCAACAACAAAACAUGAAUGGAAAGAGGCAGCAUCACGAAAGGGAUGCCAAAAAUAUUGUCCUUCGUUUGAAUAUCACUGUGUAAUAAAUGCAUGGAAAAAUGAAACAGUAGAAGUCUGUGCACCAGUUAAAAAUAUCGUUGGAAAAGUCUGCACAGAGUACAGUUUUGGUGGGUCCCUAAUACAGCGCAACUCAGAUGCAGAGUGCAAAAAAUGUCCACCCUUUUAUUCCUCUAAUGAGAGUUAUAAAUAUUCUGAGUGCUUUGAUUUAGUCUACAAAUCACGGAAAACAAACAUACCAAUGGUUUUAUCAAGUCCAUCUACUCUGAUGACCACGGCCAUAUCAGACAACAAAGAAUCCAUUACUCCCUCUAGACAGGAAGUGGUGUCAACUGAUCUGGAUUCAGCUCCCUCCAGACAGAAAGGGUUGUCCACUGACCCAUAUUCAGAAUCAGAUCUCAAUAUCAAAAUACUCAUACCAAUGUGCAUCGGUAUUGCCAGCCUAAUAGCUGUUAUUCUUGCGUGUGCUGUUUAUCGUUCAAGAAAAGAAUGUUCCAUUAUAAGAGAUAUCAUUUCACGGAUAUGCACGUUGGGGACAAAACAAAAACACACCAGCUUUAAUGAAAAUAUCAAUACUCACAUUGAAAACACCCUUUUAAACGACGGAACAACAGAUCACUCUUCGGUAAAUAUGGAACCAUCAUAACAAUACAUGUAGAUGAGAAAAAUAAUAUUUGAUUCCAAGAAAAGUUACAACUUGAUGACGCAAUGAUACGUCAUUUACGUGAUGUAUUCAUACAUCUGUUACAAACUGAAAAAAAUGGCAGCUUAUGUUUUUGUUGUGUAUACAUGUACUGUUUUUAUACUCUUUUAUUUUAUUACAAUUAUUUGUAGACUGUGCCAAAUUUUGCUCAAU